AUUAUUGAGUGAAUGAGUGGAAAAAAACUGCAAAUAAUAAAGUGCUGACAACCCGUUUUGUUGUUGGGACUUGUAGAUACUGUAUAGCUGAAAGAUGUAAUCUGAAGGCAUUUGGGAAGUCACGAGAUUAUUUAAAAGCUUAAUCAAGUAGAAGAAGCAUUUUUAGUUUUAUAUAUUUAUUGUAGCUUCUCCUUCUACUUCUUCCCCAGUUACUGAAACAUGCCUAAACCUCCAAGAGCCUAUGAAUGUGUUAGGAAAGCUUGGCAUAGUGAUAGACACCAACCAAUUAGAGGUUCCCUUAUUCAAGAAAUUUUCAGGAUUGUGAAUGAGGUUCACUGUUUAGCAACAAAGAAGAAUACGGAAUGGCAAGAGAAGCUUCCUAUAGUUGUCUUCAGAACUGAGGAAAUUAUUUACUCCAAGGCCAAUUCUGAGGCUGAGUAUAUGGAUCUUAAAACUCUUUGGGAUAGAUUGAAUGAUGCCGUUGACACUAUAAUUAGAAGAGAUGACAAUAAUGAAUCUAAAUCUAGGGACCUCUUACAACCUUGCAUUGAAGCUGCUUUACAUUUGGUCUCACCAAAGAGAACAUCAAUGAGCCGAAGGAACACUUGUCCAAUAUAUUAUCUAACUCCAGAGUCUAACUCAGUACCUACUGCAAAUUCACAUGACAGAAACAUAGGAAAUCCUUUUCCUAACAUUCAAUUUUUCUCCAAAGAUGAUAAAUUCAUCUCACCCACACUUAAAAAUUCAAACCCUUCUGCCCCGGAAGCAAACAAAAUGCUUCCUUUCUCAACUCUGAAAUUUCCUUCAUCUGUAUCUAUUGGCAUACAAACUGUGCCAAUGCAGACUGCCCGUGCCUGCCCUACUUCUUGUUCUAUAUAUCCUUUGUAUCAUGGUUGUCAAUCUGAACCUUCUGCUCCCAAAUUUGGCUCUAGAAGUGAUGCCAAAUCAAAUGCUCAGCUUAUGGAUGAGAACAAGAAGAUUUCUCUAAGAAAUACUCUGUCAUGUAACUUAAACGCUUCGAGUGAAAAUUAUCGGACAGAAUUUGAAGAUGUUUCUGAUAAUCAGACUGUAAUAGGGUGUGAUUUAUCGCUGCGUUUGGGUUCAUUUUUGGUUCCCUGCACUAGAGUUGAGAACGCUUUACGUGAGGAUGAAAAAGCUGGUGAUAUGUGCAAGUUGAAUGAUCUAUCUCCACAGUUCAACAGAGGUUUAUCAUUCUUCUUGAAGGAAAAUGCUGAGUUUGAAUCAUCUCCAAUGAGUUCAAAUGGUCAAAAUUUGAAUGUAGAGUCAGUUUUGGCGAAGAGAAAGCAGGGAGAGCAUCAGCAAAUUUAUUUGCCAGUGAAGCUCCCAUUUAACAAAUUCAGGUCCUAAGUUAUUAACUUAGGUUUCAGUAUUUCUAUUGACAAAUUUGGAAUAGGAAAGUUGAAAUCUAUGUCUUGUAGCCUCCUGGCUGUUGUUUUGCAUUUCCUUUUGAUGAGGUUUGUUUGCAACAUUGUAUUUUCCUAAUUUUGUAGUGUUAAUUAAUAAUCAAUGAGUUCCACAUCAGCAAAUUUAUUGGCCAGUGAAGCUCCCAUUUAACAAAUUCAGGUCCUAAGUUAUUAACUUAGGUUUCAGUAUUUCUCUUGACAAAUUUGGAAUAGGAAAGUUGAAAUCUAUGUCUUGUAGCCUCCUGGCUGUUGUUUUGCA